AUGACCAACAGAAUAAGGUGUUCCUGUUGUACCGGGAGGUGUGAAACGCUCACGGUCGCUCCUGCUAAAGCUCCGCCACUGGUAUUCGGACCCACCGCCGCCAUCCGUCCAGUGAAGCCAUGGUCGACUGCCGUCCAGCUUUGGCGAAGGAUUUUGUCAUAUUCGUUUUACGGUUUUGGUUUAAAUCGGAUUGACUGGCAACUGGGGUGGGAAUGGGUUAUUGAAACUUGUGGAUUAUUCCUUACACUCACAUACUCUGUUUCCCUUUAUAAGACACCUUUUAAUUUGUUCAUACCCUAUCACUCAACCCAAUUGCAAAACACAACAUAUUCAUUCCUUUCUCUAUUUGUUUUGUUAACAAUGGUAGCUGAUUUUGCGAAGGGAAAAAUGAUAACAAUUUUGAGUAUUGAUGGUGGAGGUAUUAGAGGCAUUAUUCCUUCUAUUAUACUAGCUUUUCUCGAGUCAAAACUUCAGGAAUUGGAUGGCCCAGAUGUGAGAAUAGCAGAUUACUUUGAUGUAAUUGCUGGUACAAGCACAGGUGGUUUGGUCACCUCUAUGCUUACAGCUCCUGACAAGAACAAUCGACCUCUAUACUCUGCCAGCGAUCUUGCUCUAUUCUAUAUAGAACAUGCACCAAAAAUCUUCCCACAAAGAAACUAUUUCCUAUGUUCAUUGGUGAAUUUUUUUGGCAAAGUUAUGGGUCCAAAAUAUAAUGGACUAUACUUGAGGUCAUUAAUAAAGGGAUUGCUUGGAGACAUAACACUCAAGCAAACACUAUCGCAAGUUGUUAUUCCAGCUUUUGAUAUCAAGCUUCUCCAGCCUGUGAUUUUCACUACAAUCGAGGCUAAAUGCAGUGAGUUAAAAAAUCCAAAACUAGCGGAUGUAUGCAUCAGUACCUCAGCUGCACCAACAUUCUUACCUGGCUAUGAAUUUCAAACGAAAGAUUCCAAAGGAAAUAUUCGAAACUAUGAAAUGGUUGAUGGUGGAGUUGCAGCUAAUAAUCCUACAUUAGCUGCAAUGACUCAUGUGACAAAAGAGAUGAGUAUAUUGAGACACAGAAGUGAACUUUUGAAGAUAAAACCCAUGGAAACAGAAAGAAUGUUGGUUCUAUCUUUAGGGACAGGUACGCCUAAAAAUGAUGAGAAGUAUAGUGCGGCUAAAGCUUCAAAAUGGGGUAUGCUUGAUUGGGUUUAUCAUGGAGGAGGAACACCAAUUGUUGAUAUUUUUAGUGAUGCAAGUGCUGAUAUGGUGGAUUAUCAUAUUUCUAGCAUCUUCCAAUCUGAUCAUUGUCAUAAAAAUUAUCUUCGUAUUCAGGAUGACACAUUGAGUGGUGAAGUAUCAUCUGUGGACAUUGCCACCGAAGAGAAUUUACUGAACCUAAUCUAUGUUGGAGAGAAUUUGCUAAAGAAACCAUUGUCAAGGGUGAAUUUGGAAUCCGGAAAGUUUGAACCACUUGAUGCCAAAGGAACCAAUGAACAAGCUCUUGCUGAAUUUGCUAAAAUGUUAUCCAAUGAGAGAAAACUACGUUUGAGUCCUUGAUACUCAACUUUUUUCAAUUUUAUUUCCAUGGCUCCAUAAUAAUUCAUGUCUUGUGUUUAAUCCUUCUUCCUCUUUACUUCAUUACUAUUUAAAAUUUUUUCAAUAUGGAAUAAAAAUAGAGUGAUUUAUUUUAA